UCCCACGUGAUACCAAUCUCGAGCUACGGCAUGCAUCAGCGGGAUCAGGGUUGCGGUCUGCCGUAGCAGCAAGCGAAUUAUCGCAUUUGAAUUUCGCACCUCCACAUUCGAGGAUCCUCACGACACAUAAUCGGCACCUCACAACAACCGCCAACAUGCCUUCAGAAAUCUCGGACCUCAAGCAGUUCAUCGAGAUCUGCCGCCGCAAGGACGCAAAGACGGCGCGCAUAAAGAAGAACAAGAAGAGCAACCAAGUCAAGUUCAAGGUCCGGUGCAGUCGAUACCUCUACACACACGUCGUCAAGGAUGCUGGUCGCGCGGAAAAGCUGAAGCAGAGCUUCCCCCCUGGACUCCUAGUCACCGAGGUCGCCAAGAAAAAUCCCAAGGGCAAGAGGGCAUAAAUAGGAAACGAGGGAUGGGGAUGGAUUGCUGAAGGCAGAUGGCCGGGUGUUUCGUUGGCUUCAAUUCACUGCACGGAUUAAGGGAAAA